CCCAGCUGCAAUGGACUGGCACUUUUUAAGAACAGCCACAGUGCUGCUCAUUUUUCUGGUGGUGGUGGAAAUUAACAGUGAAUUUCGAAUCCAGGUAAGAGAUUACAACACUAAAAAUGGCACCAUCAAGUGGCAUUCAAUCAGGAGGCAAAAACGUGAAUGGAUCAAGUUCGCUGCAGCCUGUCGUGAAGGUGAAGACAAUUCAAAGAGGAACCCAAUCGCCAAAAUUCAUUCAGAUUGUGCUGCAAACCAGCAAGUUACAUACCGCAUCUCUGGAGUAGGAAUUGAUCAGCCACCUUAUGGAAUCUUCAUCAUCAAUCAAAAAACUGGUGAAAUUAAUAUUACAUCCAUAGUUGAUCGAGAGAUCACCCCUUUUUUCAUUAUCUAUUGCCGGGCUCUGAAUUCACUGGGUCAAGAUUUAGAGAGGCCUCUUGAGCUCAGAGUCAGGGUUCUGGAUAUAAAUGACAAUCCUCCAGUAUUUUCUAUGUCUACUUUCGUAGGACAAAUAGAAGAAAAUUCUAAUGCAAAUACUCUGGUGAUGAGACUCAAUGCUACUGAUGCAGAUGAACCAAAUAACUUGAACUCAAAAAUAGCCUUCAAGAUCAUAAGACAAGAACCUUCUGAUUCACCAAUGUUUAUUAUCAACAGAAACACUGGAGAAAUUCGUACAAUGAAUAAUUUUCUAGACAGAGAGCAAUAUAGCCAGUAUUCCCUUGCUGUGAGAGGCUCAGACCGAGAUGGUGGGGCAGAUGGUAUGUCAGCAGAGUGUGAGUGCAACAUUAAAAUCCUCGACGUUAAUGAUAACAUCCCAUACAUGGAACCGUCUUCUCAUAUGGUUAGAAUUGAAGAAAAUGCUCUAUCUCAAAAUUUGGUCGAGAUUAGAGUAAUCGAUUUGGAUGAGGAGUUCUCAGCUAAUUGGAUGGCAGUAAUUUUCUUUAUCUCCGGAAAUGAGGGAGGUUGGUUUGACAUAGAAAUGAAUGAAAGGACAAAUGUGGGAAUUUUAAAGGUUAUUAAGCCCCUAGAUUAUGAAGCUGUGCAGAAUCUGCAACUUAGUCUCGGUGUCAGAAAUAAAGCUGACUUUCACCAUUCAAUUAUGUCUCAAUAUAAAGUCACAGCAACUGCAAUCUCUGUGACUGUGUUAAAUGUAAUUGAAGGUUCAGUGUUUCGUCCAGGUUCAAAGACAUAUGUAGUAAGGAGUGACAUGGGACAGAAUUAUAAAGUGGGAGACUUUGUAGCUACUGACCUGGACACAGGUCUAGCUUCAACAACUGUUAGAUAUGUAAUGGGAAAUAAUCCAGCUAACCUACUAAAUGUUGACUCAAAAACAGGCGUAAUUACUUUGAGAAAUAAAGUUACCAUGGAACAAUAUGAAAUGCUUAAUGGAAAAUACCAAGGAACAAUUCUAUCUAUAGAUGAUGCUCUUCAAAGAACUUGUACUGGAACAAUUAAUAUUGACCUUCAAGGUUCUGGGUGGGAAAAAGAUUCUGAAAAAGUUACCAGUUCACAAAACAGUGGAAGUUCUACUGGAGAUAGCAGUGGAGGUACAGGUGGAGGUGGCAGAGAAAAUCCUAGCGAAGGUGAUACCACUACAAACACAGGUGGCAAAACUUCCACUGACUAUGAAGACGGUGAAACCCAGACACAGAGCAACAACAACCAUCAGGAAUUAGGUAGUAAUAAUCUGUCAGAUAAUGUCCAUUUUGGUCCUGCUGGCAUCGGACUACUCAUCAUGGGAUUCUUAGUCCUAGGAUUGGUCCCAUUUUUGUUGAUGUGCUGUGACUGUGGAGGUGCUCCUGGUGCAGGAGCUGGCUUUGAGCCUGUCCCUGAAUGUUCAGAUGGAGCAAUUCACUCAUGGGCAGUAGAAGGACCACAGCCACUUCCCACAGAUGCGACCACGGUCUGUGUACCACCAAUACCAUCUGAUAAUGCAAAUCUAAUUGAAUGCAUUGACACAUCCGGGGUUUACACAAAUGAGUAUGGUGGCAGAGAAAUGCAAGAUCUGGGAGGAGGAGAAAGAACAACAGGAUUUGAACUAACAGAAGGAGUUAAAACGUCAGGAGUACCUGAAAUAUGUCAAGAAUAUUCUGGAACAUUAAGAAGAAAUUCUAUGAGAGAAUGUAGAGAAGGAGGUCUGAAUAUGAACUUCAUGGAAAGCUACUUCUGUCAGAAAGCAUAUGCUUAUGCAGAUGAAGAUGAAGGACGUCCAUCCAAUGACUGUUUGCUCAUUUAUGAUAUUGAAGGUGUAGGUUCUCCUGCUGGCUCCGUGGGUUGUUGUAGCUUCAUUGGAGAAGAUUUGGGUGACAGCUUUUUGGACACACUGGGGCCUAAAUUUAAGAAGUUGGCAGAUAUCAGCCUGGGAAAAGAAGUUGAACCUGAUCCCUCUUGGCCACCUGAGAGCACUGAACCGAUUUGCCCUCAGCAGGGAACAGAGCCCAUCAUUGGUGGACACCCACCCAUCUCCCCACAUUUCGGUACUACCACAGUCAUUUCUGAGAAUACCUACCCCUCAGGACCUGGUGUACAACAUCCUAUGCCUAUUCCUGAUCCUCUGGGCUAUGGUAAUGUCACUGUGACCGAGUCUUACACCACCUCUGGCACUCUGAAGCCCACUGUCCAUGUUCAUGAUAAUCGACAUGCAUCAAACGUAGUGGUGACAGAGAGGGUUGUUGGCCCAAUCUCUGGCACUGAUUUGCAUGGAAUGUUAGAGAUGCCUGACUUGAGAGAUGGGUCAAAUGUUAUAGUGACAGAAAGGGUAAUAGCACCAAGCUCAAGUCUACCCACCUCUUUGACUAUGCCUGAUCCCAGAGAAUCAUCAAAUGUGGUAGUGACAGAAAGAGUAAUCCGACCAGCUUCUGGCAUGAUGGGCAAUCUAAGUAUACACCCUGAGUUAUCAAAUGCCCAAAAUGUGAUUGUGACAGAGAGGGUUGUUUCUGGCUCUGGCAUAAGUGGUAUUAGUGGCCUAGUUGGCAGUGCAAUGGGAGUAAGUGGUGGUGGCAUUGGGCUGAACAGCCUGGGAGGAGGUGGUGGCCUGAGUAGCAGCAUGGGGGGCACAGCCACCAUCGGUCAUGUGAGGAGCUCCUCUGACCAUCACUUUAGCCAGACCCUUGGAUCUGCCUCCCCUAGUACUGCCCGAAGCCGAAUCACAAAGUACAGUACAGUACAAUAUACUAAGUAGCCAGGAUCCCAGUACAUUUGUUCUCAGUAAUGGUGAUUUAGAUUCCAUUCCCACCACCAAAAAACUAAUGAUGUGUUUGAUGAUGUGCAGGUAGGUGCUAAAAAACUGUGGAACAAGGUCAGAAACCACAAUGAGAAAGAUGGAAACAGUGCUAUUGGGCAAGAGCUCUCCCUAGCAUUUGUAAACUUUUUUCUUAUAUUAAUACUUAUGGAAUCAUGACAGUGAAGUAAAACUUGAGACAGGGUCUUCUUUGCUUCUGUGUGGCCUGUCAUAUAUCUCCAGCACAGGGAAUAAAUUAAACUCAGUCAUGCAAAACCACUGGCCUUAAGAUGGCUAUCAGCACAACUCUCCUUACUCUGUUUUGAUUUGCCAUGUAGCUCAGGCAAUAUUAAAAAAGGACUAAACAUGUAACAUGAGCUCACAUAUGUAGGAAGAAUUUGAAAUAUGUGCUAAGCACCUGGUCAGUUUCACAGAUAAUAGGAAUAAAAAUCCAACCAUGUAUUCAGACCAUGAUGAACCAUUAAAGAAAACAAAAUCUGGCUACACAAUCCAGUUCACAAGCCAUCAAGCACUCCUACCUUAAUAAUUGCACUAGAUAAAAUAAACCUCAAAUGAGGAACAAUUUCCUGGGAGGAAAUUUCCACAAGGGAAUGGCAAUAGGGGAGAUUCAUUUGGGGAAAACUGGAAAUGUCUGAACCUGAAUCUUGAGAUGGGGCCUCAGCUAAAAUUCACAUGGAGUCCAGGAGUUUUCUGAUUCUAGUUUGUGUUUUGUGGUAGAUGUGAGGUUGCAGAAUAUCACACUCGUUCUUCUUAUCACUGUGGCUCUUACCUAAAGGCAGAAAGCUUGCCAAGUAUACUUCUCUGACUGAAGCAAGUAACACCUGACAUGGUUGUCAUCCCUAAUGGUAAAUUACCUUCCAAGGAAGCAGAUGGAUACCACUUUGUAUUUUCAGAUGUGUGUUUAGUAAGUGUUAUUCACCUACAUCCAGCUCUCUAUUAUACAUCUCUUAAGUUAAAAUAAUUUACUUAAGCUGAGCUGUGAAAAAACUCUGCAGUAUGGUUAAGCUUUGGGGGGAUUUUUUUAAGGGGAUCUAAAAAAAGUUUUUAGAACAUGUAAAAUGUUUAAUGGGAAAAGUUAGUUCUGUAAAGUAAUGCUGUACUAUUAGUUUUAAUUGAGUUUAGUACUUUUAAAAACAACACUCUGCUGCUAUUUUAAAGAGGUCAACCAAAACCUUUUAACAGAGUUGAUGAUAUUGUGUUAACUUAUGUGAAAUUGUACUAGACAAUCCCAUAUCCUUACUCUAUCUCACUCCCUAACUAAAUUUUCUCACUAGAAUAAAUCUUAUAUUCCUUAUUUAAUUUGUUGAUAAAACUCUUGGCUUAUAUAAUAUUCCAAUUUAUAGAUAGUUCCCAAAUUAUAUAGUAUGAUAUAUUUUUCUAGCUUCAAAAUUUAGCAAUAUACUAUUUAUGAUAAGCCAUUUCUGUGUGUUUGCUAUAUAGUAAUACCUGGUUUAAAAAAUCUCUAAAUAGAACCAAAGCAUUCUUAGACAGGGAUAAACUUGCUAUGGCAAGAUAGAGAAUUUUUUUUCUCAUUUCUAAAUUCAGUGUUGAUAUGAGCUCACUAAAGUGAAACUAGAUAUGACAAAAUUGUUCAAGGACUAUUCCCUGUUGAUUACUCAAAUUUCCCAAGGUAUUACAAAAUCCAAGAAUAGUCAACUUCCAACACUUUUCAAAGGGAGCUAAGGAGUGAACUAUUUUAUCAGAGCUAUUUUGCUCUAUGUUAUAGUAGAUGAUGUCAAUAUUUUCAAAGCCACAAUAUACAUCUUAUUUUACAUCUGUAGUCUAUGUGAAAUUUUGAUAGUCUGUAGCAUGUCAAAAUGCAGAGGUGUAAAUAAAGUCAUUUACAGGGACUCUUUUAUUUCUUUCUCCCAUUUGGGGAGGGGGGAGCUUCCAUUAAUGAUGGAUAAUCUUUCCAGAAAUAAAGUCAAGAUGUAUUUAUUGAAAUAUGCUUGAUUAUGCUGGAUCCAGGAGUUUGAAGGAAUAAAAAUAAUUACUAGUUAAUUAAUUCAAGGGAAUGGUAUCUGACCAAAAGUAGCUUCUGUGUCACUUUGAUUUCUCAUCAGAAGUGUUUUUUAAAGACUCUGGAUAUCUUCCAAAAAAGUUUUUUAGAUUGUCUAACAAAUGCCAGAGUGACCAUCUUUAAUAACUGUUGUUAUGAAGAUCCAUUAGUAAAAAACCAUGGAAGAUAUAAAAAAUGACAGUAUUAGUUGUCAAUUUUUCUAGGAAGAUACUUUCAAAUAAAUUUUUUGUCAGGAUUACA